CCAUAAAUAAACAACACUAAGUUGAACAGCCGGUAAAAAUGUAUUUUUUAUAGAAAUUGAUGAAAAAUCAGUGAGAUUUUUUAAUAAAAAACAUUAGAAAUCUAAAUAUUUCAUUAGUAAAGCGUCUAAAUAAAAACAGCAAACAUUUUGCUAAAAUUUCAACAGACUCUCUUACAAUCUGCAUUAAGUUGCAGACGUAUAACAGUGGCCACCGUCAAGUGUGGAAGAAUGUUGGGCGAUGGCGAGGAGGAUUCAAGAAAUGGACAAAUGUCGGAGGAUGAAUUGCCUGAAGUGAAUUGGCGCGGUUGUUCAAUGUCGGAGAUUUAUCGUCAGCUAAAUCCCUUUGAAUUGGAUCAUUUGCCAGCGGUAAAACCCUCAGAGUCUCAUACCGUCUUACAUCAUUUUCCCAUACGUAAUGCAGACACUGAACCUCCCAAACCAUUGAAAUCACAUCACAAAUGGGAUGCUUUGCAUGUUAGAUUGCCGUGUUCUUCGAAGUCUCAGUAUCCGGUAGUGCAAGAAGAUGGUUCCUCUAGUAUUGAAAAUCGUUGGGAAAUGAUUGAAAAGGCUCUACUCAGACCCAUACAGAAUUCACAUGAUUUACAGGCGGCAAUUUUGUCAUAUAACACUAAAUACGAGGGAGUUUGGAAUUUUCGUGCACUACAUAAACUAUUCGGUGAGGAAUAUGAUGAGGAUGAGUCAAAAAUAUUCUUUGAAAACUUAUUGCCACGUAUAAUACGUUUGGCUUUGAGGCUGCCAGAAUUGGUGCAGGCACCAAUACCUUUGCUAAAGCAGGGUAAAUGCCAUGCAGUCACCUUGACACAAGAACAAAUAUCUUGUCUUUUGGCCAAUGCCUUCCUGUGCACCUAUCCAAGACGUAAUACUUUAAAGAAAAAGUCUGAGUACAGUACGUUUCCUGAUAUUAACUUUAAUCGCCUAUUUCAAUCAUCUGGUUCAGCAGUUUUGGAAAAAAUUAAAUGUAUUUGCCACUAUUUUCGUCGGGUAUGUCCUUUAGAGGAUGAUCGCAGUAAUGUGCCCACUGGAUGUGUUACAUUUGAAAGACGUUAUAUGCCUCAUAAUGAAAUGCCAAAUUGGUCUGAAUCUUCUAUACCUUUAGGUAUAACUCCUUUACAUAUAACCUCCGAUGGCACUAUAGAGGAUGAAGGUUUGGGUCUGCUGCAAGUGGACUUUGCCAAUAAAUACUUGGGCGGUGGUGUUUUGGGUGGAGGUUGUGUCCAAGAGGAAAUACGUUUUGUUAUAUGUCCAGAACUAAUAGUUUCUAAACUUUUUACCGAAUGUUUAAGACCUACCGAGGCUCUGCUAAUGGUAGGCUGUGAACGUUAUAGUAAUUAUACCGGCUAUGCCAAUACCUUCCAAUGGGCUGGCAAUCAUGAAGACAAUACACCUCGUGACUCCUCACGAAGACGUAUGUGCCACAUAGUGGCCAUAGAUGCCUUACACUUUCAGGAUUCAGCCUAUCAGUAUCACGAAGAGUUAAUGCUGCGCGAACUGAAUAAAGCUUAUGUCGGCUUUUCCACUUCGCUCACUACCUUAGCGCCUGGUGUGGCUUCUGGGAACUGGGGUUGUGGUGCUUUCGGUGGUGAGGCCACACUUAAGGCUUUAUUGCAAUUAAUGGCCUGUACGGUGACUACACGUCCUUUAGUAUAUUUUACAUUUGGCAAUGAAGAAUUACGUGAUCAAGUUCAUAAGAUGCACACAUUCUUUAUUGAGAAUAACAUUUUGGUUAAGGAUUUAUGGUCGGUUUUGAAAAAAUUCUAUACCCGUAAAUUGCCCGCCAAGGAAUUGUAUACAUUUUUAUAUAGCGAAUUGGAAAAGAUAAAGCGCAGUCCGCCGAAGAAACAAAUUAUCGAAAACGCGACGAACCAAACGAAUAAUGCUGCCGAAAGAAAGGUCGAUAUGAAAAACACAACAACAUUGAAUAGUAUGUCCAUUACCCCACGACCAAUGAAUAAACGGUCGCCUCCCUCAAACGCCAAACGAAGCCUAGAGGAAAGUCAGGAUAUAUUUGCUACCACCUCGCCAGAAGGUGAAAAUGAUGAAAGAAAUGAAACAGCGGCGACAGUAGCACCUAAAACCACAGCCACUAUUGAUCUAUCUAUUUCGGAUGAUAGUGAAACUGAAGAAUUGCUCAAAAUGGCAGCACCAGAAGCAGAAGCAAGUAUUAAUUCCACACCGAAAAAAGUAGUAGAUAACAAAAGCUCACCCUCAAAUGGCGGCACACCAGCAAAAACAAAUACAAAAUCCCGACAACGUACUCUGCUAGAAAUGUUGGAUCAAUCAUAUAAUCAAGCCGGUCCAGCCACAAAGAAAUAUUGUGCUAGUAAAUCACCCCAAAAAAACUAAGUGUCGAUAUUAUAUAUUUUUUUUUCUUAAUUAAAUUUUAGAUCUAUUAAACAAAAUUUUUAAAUGAUACUAUCUAUUAUAAGGUAUACCUAUAUAUUUUGUUUUCGCAUUUUGUUUGUUUUUGUGAAAAAACACAUUAAAUAAAUAAUUUUAUCUUGAUAUUAUGAUAAAGACAAGCGUG